AUGGCCUACGAGCCUUUGCAUGGAUCAUGCUCUUGUGGCCGGAACGAAUACAUCAUUCAAAUCCCUGACGACGUGGCCGAUCACGCUCAGAUCUAUUUCGACUCUGGCCGGGACAGCCGUCAAUUCCUCGCAUCCUGGCUGCGGGUCCCUCUAGAGUGGUAUCACUCUCACACGCUAUCCUUUUUCCCAGACGAGACUCACACUUCGAUUCGUCGCGUAUUCACACCUCCCCAUGCGCCACAGACUCGUCGAAUCUUUUGCGGGUUUUGCGGAACACCCUUGACCUUCUGGACGGAGGAACCGGAAGAAGAGGCCAACUUCAUGUCCAUCUCAAUUGGAAGUUUGUCCCGUGCACACCAACGUGCCUUGGAAGAUCUCGAUCUACUUCCGGAGGUGCUCGGCGAAGAAAAGACUGUGGCUGGACUGGCAAAGUCCUCGACCGCCACGCCUGGGUCCGACAUUCGAGCCUCUGCAAUUGUGGUUCCCACUCUUCGUGAACCGGAUAUCUCUCGAACCGUCCAUCACGGUACUUUUGGUGGUAUCCCAUGGUUCGAGGAGAUGGUGGAGGGAAGUCGGUUGGCCGGUUUGAUGCGCCAACGACGUGGGAUGGGUAUUAGUCUCGACAAAUCGACCUCUGUAGAAUGGGAGAUUAGCGAAUGGCGGGAUGAUGGCUCUGGCGGGCUUGGGCAGGAUAGUGAUGAUUCUAAUGGGCAGGCUACAAGGAAGCGGAAGCAAGCCCGUCAUGUAGACGUGGAGCCCUCGCCCAAACGGGUGUGA